GUGUAGCAGCGUGAAGUUAAUCUUCUCACAGACACAGCUCAAAGUGAUCCAAACAGGCGCCCCUCAGACACUUUGGUGCUCCUUGUUGAACCAAACAAACCCGGCAUUGGAGAUGAAACUGUCAGUUUUUUCGAAGAAGUUGUGGUGUAUCCACAAGCCUCUGAUUGUCCUCAUCACUCCGCUUCUUUUUCUACCUUUACCCUUUGCUCUCCCAGAUAAGGAAGGAAAAUGUCUGUAUGUGGUGAUACUGAUGGCUAUGUUUUGGUGUACCGAGGCCCUUCCUUUGGCUGUUACUGCAAUGCUUCCAGUCUGCCUCUUCCCAACACUGGGAAUCCUUUCAUCCAAAAACGUGUGCACUCAGUAUUUCCUCGAAACCAAUUUUCUAUUUCUCAGUGGCCUCAUGAUGGCGUCGUCUAUCGAAGAAUGGGGUCUGCAUCGCAGAAUAGCCCUGAAAGUCCUUAAUAUUGUCGGAGUGAAGCCAGUCUGGCUCAUAUUGGGAAUGAUGAUCACAUCGUCAUUCUUAUCCAUGUGGCUCAGCAACACCGCCACAACAGCUAUGAUGCUCCCGAUUGCUAACGCCAUCCUAGAGAGUCUAUUUGGGGACCUAGAGAGCCUGAAGAAGAGAUGUAAAUCCACAGAGGAACUUGAGAGUGAUAUAAUAAAUGGAAGUCCAACUGUAAAGAUGCAUUCGCUGCCCUCUCUGCCAUCUGAAAAACACAUGCUCUCAAGGGAUAGAUGUGACGGGAUGGAGCAGGGUGACGGGAGGACACCUGAGGAACUACGAGCUGAGGCAGAGUAUCAGCUGAAAGUUUGGAAAGGAUUCUUGAUCUGCAUUCCUUAUGCAGCCAGUAUCGGCGGCACCGCCACGCUCACAGGCACCGCACCCAACCUCGUCUUUAUUGGCCAGCUUAAAAGCUAUUUUCCAGAUUGUGACCUUAUCAACUUUGGUUCUUGGUUUGUAUUCGCGUUCCCACUCAUGAUUCUCUUUCUGAUGUUGAGUUGGGUAUGGAUCGCAUUUCUCUAUGGGGGAUUGAACACACGACUGUGUUGCAGCAAAGAUGACAGCAGAGCACAAGCAGAAGCCAGAGCCAAAGCUGUAAUAGAGGAGGACUACAGAACACUCGGGCCCAUAAAUUUUGCAGAAGGAGCCAUCUCUUUAUUUUUUCUGCUGUUUGCCAUUCUCCUGUUCACAAGAGAUCCAAAAUUUUUCACCGGCUGGUCUGUGUUUUUUGAAAAAGGUUACGUCUCUGACGCAGUCACUGGUGUGACCAUUGUGUCCAUAUUGUUCAUCUUCCCCUCAAAGAAACCUUCACUUAGCUGGUGCUUUGACCCUAAAGCUUCACAUGCUGCAUAUGUCCCGCUGUUAUCAUGGAAAAAAGCUGAGGCAUACGUGCCAUGGAACAUCAUUCUGUUGCUUGGCGGUGGCUUUGCUAUGGCCAAAGGUUGUGAGGAGUCUGGGCUUGCCGCCUGGUUGGGAGGCUACCUCCAACCUUUGGCCAACAUUCCUCCUGCUGCAGCUGUGAUGUUGAUCACAGCAUUCAUGGCUUCUUUCACUGAAUUUGCCAGCAACACUGCAACAAUUAUCAUAUUUUUACCCGUCAUUGCUGAACUGGCAAUCCGUAUUUCAGUGAACCCACUCUAUUUCAUGAUACCUGCCACAGUAUGUUGUUCGUACGCCUUUAUGCUUCCAGUGUCAACGCCGCCCAACUCCAUUGCCUUUGCAUCAGGACAUCUCAUGGUGAAAGACAUGGUGAAAACUGGGAUUGGACUGAAUGUUAUGGGCAUUCUGUCCAUCUCUUUGGCCAUGAACACGUGGGGCACGGCCAUGUUUAACUUGAACAUGUAUCCGGAAUGGGCUCAACACGUCAACACAUCCACUGCCAUUACAGAUCUGCAGUUUCCGUCUGUCCCAGUCCUCAAUGCUACUGUCUGAGCGCUCACUCAGCCUCAAACACACAAGCUCAGAUUCAAAGAUUUCACACUAAACUGACACUUACAGGUGUGUCAGCAAAAUGUUGGGAUGCUUUGGGAUCUCCAGCUGCAGCCAAAAUGCAUUUUGGGAAUGAUGAUCAGGAUUUGGCUCUGAGGGGUGGAGACAAUUUCAUUAAACUGUAGGUUCACUCUAAGGUUUUGGAACAUUAAAACAAAAGAAAGGAAAACAAAGAAAACCAUGAUGGCACUGCAUUAUUUCAUUUUUGCUUUCAUAUAAUUGCACUGUCAAAAUAUCUAACCUCAACAACAGCAGCAACAACAAGAAUGUCUCACAUCUGGACGCUCCUGCCUGUGUGCUGUUUGUUGGACUAGUCUGUCCUCUACUGGAAAAAUGGGUAUAAUUCUUUUAAAUAUUGUAUUAUUUGACAUGAAUCACAAUGUGAUUAUGUUAUUUCUUUGGCACAUUUUUAGAUAUCAAAGCGUUGACUUGAAUAUUUGUAAUCAUAAAAAGAAAUGAAAUUAAUUAUAAGAAUAAUAUGUUAAUUUUCAGACAUUAAUGUGACUCCUGGCUAAUGAAUGUGUACAUUUUACCAAAUGUGA